UAAAACUUAUUUAUGUUAAUGGUUUGCGUAGGUUUAUGCUAAACAACAGUUUAAUGUUUUAGCCAAGACCUUGAUUGACCAUAGUUUUCAAGUGCCCCACCCACAGGUCAUCAUCACUAAAAAAUUCGAAAUUCAAACGAAGAACUCGAAAAAUCAAUCAAAUCUCCCCACAUCUCAACGUUACCUAGGCAACGAGUAAACAGGCGGGAGCCGUGGAAAUCGGCACACGUCUGUUGCUCGCAGUGUUGAUUAACGAGAACAUUUGGAAAAAGUGAAGUGAUAUAAUGGCUGAAGAAGGUGCCGCAGCUGGUGGAGCUACUGCGGAAAAAGUUGUCCAUACUUACCCGCUGAUAAGGCAUUGUGACAUGUCAGAGGAGAUGCGUAUAGAGGCGAUGGAGCUGUCAGUGACUGCGUGUGAAAAGUUCUCUCAAAACAAUGAGCUGGCUGCAAGAAUGGUUAAGGAGACAAUGGACAAAAAAUUUGGUCCUGCCUUCCAUGUGGUCGUUGGUGAGAGCUACGGCUUCGAGAUCACGUAUGAGUGUACAACUAUAUGUUAUAUGUACUUUGGUGGGAACCAGGCAGUGUGUAUUUGGAAGUGUUCGUGAGAAUGUCCAAUUUGUAUUGGAAGUGGUUCAUGAACUUGAACAGGGUUCUGAUGAAUACUGUUGUCUAUAAGUUGUAAAUAUAGACUAACAAAUAUCUAUGACAUUUUUGAAGGUCACAUUUAUACGCAUUCUAGCCAUAGAGCUCAAAAUGCUUAGUUUAUUUGUCUAACGCGUCGACCCUUGUCGAGGGGGAUACGUAGACAGACAAUAUAGGAACAUCUAUAAAAGCAGUCUCUCCCUUGCCCUAAGCUAAAGGGUGGACUUAUAAAUUGCCUACGGACUAGAGCUUCACAUUUAAUAUUUAGGAAAUUGUGCCUUUAAUCGUGAGAAAAUAAAUAUUAAUAUUAACUAGUAUAGGAAAAUACUUUGGCAAUGAAAAAUUAUACAAUAUGUACACGCAAUUUAGCUUAGAAUUGGUUGAAACGAUAGGACGAUUGUACUUUAGUGUUAUUCGUUCUGUCCUUGUAUUCAUGAACAUAAUACACCGUAAUUUGUGCGCAAUUAUUGUAAUGUUAAUAUUAGUAUGUAUAUUCUUGAAACAAGGUAAGCUUUUGUAAUGUUUUUGCUGUUUAGAGAGCAAUUUAGUUGAUUUAACCUAUUAGAAUAUAUUACGAAAUAAGGAAUUGUAUGAAAUUUACAUUCGA